AUGCGGCUCUGGGACCGGCCAGCGCCGCUGCAGCGCACGGCAGGCGUCUGUGCGGAGGAGCUGCUUGGAGACAGAGGAGACUUCGCACAGCCCGGCUUGGCGCCCUCCCAGCGUGCGCCCGGGUGCAGGUGGCAGGAACCCUUUGUGGCCACUUCUGCGCCCGGAGAGCACACAGAGAGCCUGGUGGCCGCGCAGGCCACCAAGUACAAGGGGGUCUUCGAGAUGUUCAACGAGGAGGGCAACAGGGAGGUGACGAUGGGGGAGCUGGAGCGGCUCGUGAGCCGGCUGGGCACCAACCCCACAGAGAGCCAGCUGACCUCCAUGGCCAAGGCCGUGGACCGAGACACUCCCUGCAAAGCCUUCUUCAACUGCGACAGCUUCCUGGCCCCGACGGGGAUUCCCUGGGAGAAGGCCCGGAACCAGGAGGGCGAGCUGCGGGUGGCCCUCCGAGUCUUCGACCAGGAGGGCAAGGGCUGCCUCCACCGGGACACACUCGAGUCUGUGCUCAUGAACGCGGGCGAGCCCCUCAGUGAGGUGGACACGGGGCAGCUGAUGGAGGAGGCCAUGAGGACGACCACGAGGGUGAGCAGGGGACGGGCCCCGGGAGCUCACAGCCCAGGCCGGCCAGGCUGCUGUCACGCCCUCUGCUUUCCGAGUUCGUGGCCAUGAUGACCGGAGAGUCCUUCAAGCUAGUCCGGUAGGAGCAGCUGCUCUGGCUGUGGGCGGCCUGCCCGGUGGAGGAGCCA